AUGAAGGCUGUUACAAUUGCCGCUGCUGGUGCAGCGGUCGUCACAACCGUUUCCGCCGCCAGCCAUGCCAAGCACAUGCAUGCGAAACUCCACGGAAAUGUUGCACGCGACACCUGGGUCGACUGGAAUGCGACCGCUUCUGCUUCUGUGACACCUGUAGAUGGAGAGACAGCGAAGACCACCACGAAGGCUCCUGUCAAGGCUGCUACCACUACAGCUAGCUCUUCAAGCUCAUUCCUCUGGGAGGACUGGACUUCUUCCUCCCUUGCGGUUGACCCAGCAAAGACCUCGAGCACCACUUCUAGCACGACUACCUUUGUUGAAACAUGGGCGGAUUGGCCAAGCUCGGGCUCUUCGUCAACCCCCGUCGAGGGCGCAAAAAUUAGCACAACUACGGCUUCCGUCGAGCAUACUUGGGCCGAUUGGACUAGCGCGUCAUCGAUCCCGGUCGACCCUGCGACUACCAGCACCGAGGAGCACACCUGGGGAGACUGGACUACGAGUGAUCCGGUUGACCCUACAACAACCGUCACCGAGACCUGGGGUGACUGGACAACUGUCGACCAAACCACAACCAUCACUUUGGCCUCUACUGUUACGGCGACCAAAUACGUCGAGCCCGUCAGCGCUGAAUCGACGGACUCGUCUACGUGGGCGGAUUGGACCUCCACUUCAGCCUCCUCGGUCGCGGCGGCCGUCACCAGUGUCAUCACCUCGACAGUCACCCCGGGCUGGUUCGGUCCUUCCGUGGCCGUUGAAGCGGACAGCUGCGCCAUCUCCAUCAUUACUUCUUAUGGCCUCCCCACUUGGUAUCCGACACCUGUACUCGCUGUAAACACAACAAGCAGCACUACUUCAAGCGCAACAUGGGCCGAUUGGACUGCGUCAACCUCCAGCACGCCAGCUGCUGCUGCAACAACAACAACCAGCACCUCUUCCUACGUCUGGGCUGAUUGGACCUCGACUUCAACCUACAGCCCAGCGGCUGUGGCUACCUCGAGCGAGACAUGGGCCGAUUGGUCAUCUACGAUUGAAACUGCGUCUGUGUCUGUGAGCACUGCAAGCAGCUCUGCCUCUUCAGGUUCUUGGUCAAAGCCAAGCGGUGGUUCGCAGGGUGGCAGCCCUGGUAUCUCAUCGAAUGGCGAUUCGUGGGGCAUGACUUAUUCUCCCUACACUGCCCAGGGCGGUUGCAAGGACGCUGGUACCAUCGCCGCUGACAUGGCCGUCAUCGCACAGAAAGGAUUCUCCUCUGUUCGCGUUUACAGCACUGAUUGCAGCACGCUCGAGAACAUUGGCGGUUCUGCCCGCGACAAUGGCCUGAAACUUAUUUUAGGUGUCUGGAUUUCAUCGACAGGCAUCUCCGGUGCUCAAGGCCAAGUCCACGAUAUUGUUGCCUGGGCACAGUGGGACAUUGUCGAACUCAUUGUCGUCGGUAACGAGGCCGUCUUUAAUGGCUACUGCUCUGCCAGUGAGCUGGCUGGAUUUAUCUCCAGCAGCGCCACUGCUUUUAAGGGCGCCGGUUAUACUGGUGCAGUAACCACGACUGAGCCUUUGUCUGUCUGGGAAGACACUAGCAGUGCGUCCGCCUUCUGCGGCGUCGUUGAUGUUGUCGGUGCCAACUUGUACGCCUUUUUCAACGCUCAAGUGACUGCCGACAAAGCUGGUAGCUUCAUCCAGUCGGAGAUCAAUAUCUUGGAUGCGGUUUGCUCUGGAAAGCCUGUCUAUGUCUUGGAAUCUGGGUGGCCUCACGCUGGCAACUGCAACGGUGCCGCUUGCCCCAGCCCUCAAAACCAGGCCACCGCCCUUAAGGGUAUUCAGGAAACCGUGGGUGCUCAAGUCGUCUUCUUGAGCUACGAGGAUGAGCCGUGGAAGGAGCCGGGCCAGUUUGGCGUGGAGCAAUUCUGGGGUUGCGCCGGUGUCUUCUAG